CGCCGAAAACACUAUAAAUACCUCGGCGCCGACGGAACCACUUGCACGGACGACCAUCCAGCGGGAGCGCGACGAGGGGACACGCGCGCCUGGACAGCUCCGUCAAGCAAGGAACCACAACCCCCCGGGACAGACAGCAGCCAUGGCGACCGAGUUUCAGACCAUCCUCAUCGUCGCCUGUCUCUCGCUGACGCCGUCGUCGGCGCACUACCUGCCGCCCGGCUGGGGGACGCCCGCUACCACCGCCGCCGACGGGCGCGACCCCUGGGUCAAGUGCUCGGCCGACACCCCGACCAACCCGGGCUCCCCCGGGGAGGUCAGCUGCCUGGGCAACACGCCGCAGCAGCCCUUCGCCUGGCAGCAGCUGCCCGGAGGACUGCCUCCCGUGCCGCUCUACCUGCCGCACCACCACCACUUCAGCACCGGCGGCAAGAAGGGCUGCUCCGUCGAGAGGCCCUACCACACCCACAAGGGCGACGGCACCUUGAAGUGCUCCGCCGUGUCGGAGAAGAAGCCGGUGCACGCGCCCUUCCCGGUCCAACAGCAACAGCCCUUGUUGCCGCUGUUCGUCCAGCAACAACAGCCCCUGGUGCCCCUGCCGUCGUCGUGGCCUUGGGGCCUCCCCGGCUGCUCGCCCUACUACGGCCUCCCGGUCCAAGUCCCUCAGCCGCUGCCCUUCAACUUCGCCCCCGUCGUCUGGCCCGGGUCCUACGGUCUGCCCGGCCCGGUACUGUGCUAGGCCCGGACAGGCUCCUUGCGGUCCGUGGAACAGCAAACCUUUCUCCGGAACGCACCCGGAGCAGUCCGACGUGUUUCUUGUUCGGUUGAUGCCCCAUUCAGCGAUGUUCUUAGUGUCCCAAAUGUCCGGCCCCGGUCUCUAUAACCAGACGCCAACUCCGACCACAUUGCCGUCCUGUCUCAACGUUUCGCGCAUACUUUAACUCCAGACCUUCGCCGACGUCUCUUUCCUUCUACAACGGCGCCCAGAGGAGUCCAUCUUGUUCGUUUUUUUUUUCUCUGAUACUCCACCGACGUUUUCUUGAUUUCAAUGUGGCCGGAGUAUGUGUCUAUCAGCCUCAUGCUGCACUCUUUAAGAGUCAAGAACUGCCAAAACCACAAUAGCUUAUGUACCAUAACAAUUUAAUAUUGGAUUCUCAACUUACCAAUUUUGCAAUGAAAAUGUCGUAACUCACGUCACAACACUCGUACAGGAAACUAAUAUUGUCAUUGCAUGUAUGUGUGGUCCAAUACUGUGUUCAUCGCAUGAUUAAGUACUAAUGUAAUUUAUAACGCUGAUACAAUCUACGAUUUCAAAGUCUAAUUAUGAUGCAUUUAUUGCAAUAUGUCACAAAUUUAAAUUUUAGGGUACCAGAAUGUCGAGUUCACCACAUUACCUUAGGAAGCGGAAAAUGCUCAGCAUCUUGUCUGACCCUGAUAUUCGGAGACAUCUACUCCUGCAAAAGUCUGAAAUUGCUAUUUUGGCAUACGAAAUCACUCAUAGGAAAAUGAUGAAUCGCAUUUGGUAACAAUUAAUGUGCGGUUGCUGGUAUUAUGUAAAGCUGAUAUUUUAUUUUAAAAAAAUAGUGAUGAAAUUUUGUAACAGCUUAAGAAUUAAUUUGGAGUUGCUACAGAUUUUAUUCACCAAUAAUUUCUCCCCGCUUAUUUAAGAUCUUUACCGCCAGAAAUACACCACUGCCUCUUCGUCGUAAAAGUAUGUUGUUAAAAAGCUAUAUGUUUCAGAAUUUUCAGCAAUUAAUUUUUGUUGUAGUAUUAAAAAUAUAUUAAUUUUUAAUUUUGAAACUGAUUAUAAGGCACACAUUGUCAAGAAUUUCGAACUCUUAAUACUUUAACUCACUUUAAGAAAUUUUACAGUCACACAUAUUAUUGUUGGAAAUGUUAGCAUGAUUGCAGUUGAAGAAAACAAAUGUUUUAUUAUACACUAACAUAAGGAUUUAUGCAAAAAUCGGGUAGUAAUAUUAUUUAAUUUAUAUGUAUAUAUAAUAUGUGGGCGAUACUCACAAAUCUGUUAUAAAUGUUAUUUUAUUUGUUGAUUAAGUUAUAUGUAAUAUUUAUGUUAUAUGUACAAAAUGUUGUAAAAAAAUGUAAAUAAAUAUACCAAUUGUUAAAA